GCUGUCAUUUUCUUGUUCUUUGGCUAGCGAUAAAAAGCAAUUGUUUUAAUUUCUUCAAAAUUCCAUAAAAAUUUAUUUAUUAACUAAAUAAUAGCUAAAUUUACAAAGUGUAAGUGCAUAAAAGUGUUAAUUAAACAAUAUAUUUCCGAAUUUAGUUGCUUUAAAACUGUUUUAUAAAGUUUGUAAUACGCUACGAGAAAAAGUUGCCAAUAAAAUUUGGCACACAAUUUAUAAUUGACACUGAAAUUUGUAAUGAUAGAAACAUCUAUCAUAAAGCUUCCUCUGGGGAUAACUGAUUUUUAAAACACCGGAAAACAAAAAUUAUAUACAUAUUAAAAUGGAUUUUCGGCAUACGGAAGUACUAAAAUUCCUUAGUCUAUAUAAACAGUAUGAGUGUCUGUGGAAUUCCCAGAUUCCCGAUUAUAAACAACCAGAUAUGAAGAAAAGUGCUUGGAUAGAGCUUUCAAUUCAUUUUGGUAAGGAAGUUGAUGAAUUAAAGAAAAAAAUGAAACAUUUACGCAAUUGCUACACUAUGGAAAGGAAAAAAGUAGAAAGUAUGAAAAAUAAACAUGGAGUAUCAAUGUACGAACCGCGCUUAUAUUAUUACAACCAGAUGAAUUUUUUGGAUCCUGUUGUAGCUUUACGAACAGUUACAGAACAAGAAAAUAACGAUGACCCGUUAAUUGAAACCAAAAGCUUUUCACCCAAGCAUGAUUUAACUCCGAACGACGGAAAGAGACAACGGACGAAUUCUAGUGACGCUGACAGUGAUCAUGGGUCCUCUCAGGCAGAAUUAAGAACUUCAAAAGUACUCCCUGAUUCAGACGAUUCUCUUACUAUGCUGGAAAUUGAGCCAAAAGCUAACAAAAGGCGUAUACUUGUCAAUGAUGUGUUAAAAGAGCAGACCCAAAAGGUGACCAAAGGCCCGACAAAGUCAAGCAAAGAAUACACAUUCUGUGCGAUGAUUUGUAGCGAGCUUAAAUUACUAAAAUCUGAAGAGACCUACGACAAUGUGACCGCCGAAAUUUUCACUGCGGUAAAAAAUGCAAAAAUUUCUGACCGCCAAAGAAAUUAUCAAUAGGAAAAUUAUAGAAAAAUAUUUAACAAAAUAUAAAAUAUUGUACACCCCUUCACGUUUAAUUAUAAUAAAAAAAGGCUCCCAUGGAGGCAAAAUAUUUCGCCAUAAUUUGACAUGUCUUACA